AUGAUCAUUCAGCAUCGGGCUAAUGUUGCCUCUGGCGAGGUGAUGAUAUCUCUCGAGUAUAGCUUAGCUCACAAGCAAGGCACGCUGAGAAAGAAGACGCCUAAGCCCACGAUUGUUGUAUUGGGGGGGCUGAAUAGUGGUAAGCCGAUUGCAGUCAAAUGGGAGAUUAAGCUUCCUUGUGGUCAAGCUCCCCACAAGCAGGAUGAGGAUGCAGAUGGCGAGAAUUGGGCUUGUGCGGCUCUUACCGGGCCAGCAGGCAUGGCUUUCGCUGUUAUCUCGACGGCAAACCCAAUAAAUACUAGCACCGAGGGGUUUCCUGAGUCUACACAUAAGAAUGUGGAGUUUCUCAAACUAGCCAAGAUUCUGAAGGGGUAG